GGAUGGAAAGGACAAGGGAGAUGUCCAGGCCCCGGCUCCUGCUUUUGGAGUCAGCCCUGCUUGAGUCUUCGUCAACCUUAUUCUAAGCCCAAACUAUUCUCAUCGAUCGUCGCUGGCAUCCAUCGCCAGGUUCUUUUAAAUAUUUAGCUCCACCGUCGACCACUCACAAAGCAACACCACCUAACUUCAUCUGUCUUUUGGUUCAGGAACCGGAGAAAUGGCCAGCGAGAGACUUGGAGAUGCGCUUGGCGUCAGAGAAGACCUUAUCAAUAAGGCAUGUGAACGGGCCUUCAAGCCCCACAAAGACAAACCUUUCCUCUCCGAAAAGUAUCGUUGUGGCACUUCUUCUGAACUCAUCAUCAGCUUCCCUCCAUCCUGGUCUGCCUCUGAUUGGUCCCAUGAUCAAACUUUCGGCGAAACCAAAAUCGAUCUCUCUCUCUUCCCCUCCCUCAGAAGCAUCGGUAACGAUGAACCUGCUCUGGUCAACCAAGCGUCCCUCUCCAGAUUCCAAUCCUUAUUACGCAAUCCAUCCUUCCUAUCCGAGGUGGAAAAGACUACGAAAAGAAUAGUGUUCACUGGUCACUCCUCCGGUGGCCCAGUGGCGAUGCUGGCGACACUUUGGAAAUUAGAAAAAGACCGGCAACGAGAAAAAGACCGACAACGAGAAAAAGACCCAAAACGAAGCGAUCAGAAUGCCAACAUUCCUUCUGCUGUCUGUGUGACUUUCGGAUCUCCGUUGGUCGGGAACCACAUAUUUUCUCACGCCACGAACCGAGAAGACUGGUCUCGUCACUUUAUCCACUUUGUCCUGAGAUACGACAUCGUCCCUCGAAUCUCCCUCGCUCCGUUCUCGUCUGUGGAGCAAACCUUAGAUCCAAUUCUCCAGGUCCUGAGCCAGAAGAACAGACCAUCAUCACCGGACCCAAUCAGGUACUCUGAGUUCUACAACACAGUGAUGAAGAACGCAGCGACGGUGGCGAGCCAUCGAGCUUGCACCCUCAUGGGAAGCACCAACUUGCUGCUGGAAACGGUGAAGAAUUUCGUUGUUUUGAGCCCGUACAGGCCGUUUGGGACUUUUGUGCUGUGCACGGGAAAUGGGAGACUGAUAGUGAUGAAGAACUCAGAGGCUGUGCUUCAGGUGUUGUUUCACAGUGCUGUGCUGAGUGAAGAAGGAGAAGGAGAUGAAGUGGCGAAAAAGAGGGUGUUGCAGCAUUUAGAGUAUGGGAGGGAAGCUGAAGAUAUCUUGGGGAUGCAGGAUGUGGUUUAUUUGUAUCAGCUUGAGGAUGUUCCUUUGUCUAAAGAUCAUUGUUCUAAUGAUGCUGCUGCUGCAAAUAUUGACACUGCCCUCACUGAUCUUGGACUUGGAACAAGAGCGAGACUGUGUCUAAGAGCAGCAGGAGAGCUGGAGAAACAAAAGCAAAGAAACGAGGCAAAGAUCGACAAGGAAAAAGCUCUAAACACAAUGAGGCAACUGGAAGAUUACAAGGAAGUGAGCAGAAUGCAGGGGGUGGGAUAUUACGACGCGUUCAAGCUUCAAAAAGAUUCAAAAGACUUCCAGGCAAAUGUGAGGAGACUGGUGCUAGCAGGUGUGUGGGACGAGAUCAUCGAAAUGCUGAAACGCUACGAACUGCCAGAUGAUUUCGAAGGCAAAGAAGACUGGAUAGCUAUGGGAACCAAGUUUCGGCGAUUGGUGGAGCCACUGGACAUAGCCAACUAUUAUCGUCACUUGAAGAAUGAAGACACGGGACCAUACAUGAACAGGGCCAGGCCUAAACGAUACAGGUAUACACAGAGAUGGAUCGAACAUACAUACAACUUGGAGAGAGGGGCUAGCUCGGAGUCUUGCUUCUGGGCUGAGACGGAGGAGCUGGUGAGCAAAACCAACAAGGGAGUGUUUGAUGGAGAAUUGAAGAAGAGGGUUGAGAAGUUGGAAGAAGAUCUCAAUAGGUGGGAUGCGAAGAGCGAUGAGAUUCUGAAGGAUGCCUUGUUGGAGGAGACGACCUUUAUGAAGUGGUGGAAAGGGACGCUGCCUAAGGAUUACAAGGCUGGCAAAUUUCAGCUCUAGGAGCCUGCUCUUCACUCAUGUUUCAGUUUCAAUCAAAAUAAUUUUGCGUGUCUCCAGUGUAGUGGUUGAUAUCCACAGCUUUGUUGUUUUCCACGAUUGUCUUAUGUAUAAUAUAAAUUAUAUAACGUUGUCCGAGUGGGUACAUGCCAAAGUUAAAUUCCUCGAAGUUUUUUAACUUGAUCA